AUGGCAGCUCUUUCCGCAGCCGCGACACGGCUCCCUUCAUCCAGUCUUUCAUCGCUCUCUGGCGCUACCGGAAUUAACUUACAGACGAAGAGUGCUGCUAGCGUAGCGGGGAGUAGCAGGGGGUUCCGACAAGUUGUUCGUGCUGAGAUGGGAGGUGGUGAUCAGCCUUCGGGCUCACAGGCGACUGAGCCCGCAGCGUCGUCAUCUAACGACAUCCGGGCACCUGAAAACUUUGUGCCGCCCGAGCCUAAGCCGUUCUCCGUGGCAAGCGGGCAGCUGUUAGCCGUGAUUGGCGCAUCGUUGCCGAUCCUCUUCCGCCUUGGCACGGGCGUGUUCAGUGAGGGGUACAAGGCCAAGGUGGAGUCCUCAUCUGCAGUGAAGGACGACGACUAUGCGCUGGGUCCAGUCAUGGGGUACAAGCUGGUGGAAACCACCACGGGCGAGCUCAAGCCGGCGACCCAGCCCAUCGAGAUCUACGAGUUUGAAGGCUGUCCGUUCUGCCGCAAGGUCCGUGAGAUGGUAUCAGUGCUGGACCUAGACGUGCUCUUCUACCCAUGCCCUGUCAAUGGCCCCACGUAUCGACCCAAGGCCAUUGAGAUGGGCGGCAAGAGGCAGUUCCCCUACAUGGUGGAUCCCAACAUGGGAGUGAGCAUGUACGAGUCAGAUGAAAUCAUCAAGUACCUCGCCAAAACUUACGGCAAUGGGUCCAUCCCUCUCAUGCUUCAACUCGGCCCCAUCACCUCCAUCACUGCAGGCCUAGCAGGCAUCGGCCGUGCGAUGAAGGGAAGCCGCUAUGUGCCUGCAAAGAUGCCGCCCCAGCCACUGGAAGUGUGGGCGUAUGAGCCGUCCCCCUUCUGCAAGCUGGUACGCGAAGCCCUGUGUGAGCUGGAGCUGCCCCACGUCUACCACGCCACGCCGAGAGGCAGUCCCAAGCGGGAGGCUCUGAAGAAGAGAAUCGGCCGAUUCCAGGCCCCCUAUCUCGAGGACCCUAACACAGGAGUGAAGAUGUUUGAGAGUGCAGCUAUUGUCGAAUACCUCUAUGACACUUAUGCUCUCAACCCUUAG